GCUCUUCAGCUCCCGCCGCCCGUGCGUGCGUGUGUGUUUGCUUCUUAUGCACCUACUACGACGCUACACUGUAGCACGCACCCACCCUAUCGCGCUAUGCUCGUACGUUCACACGAGCCUCCCGCUCACGCCAGGGGCCACGGUACCUACCUACCUAGUAGUAGCACUCGUAGCAGGGCGCUUGUGCUCAGCCUCAACCCUCAGCCAGCCUCGCAACCCAGCCUCAGCCGCACGCGCGCACUUGCGCUUGCUUUGUCGCGCCAGGAGCCAGCGCCAGCGCCAACACCAACACCAACGCCAAAGCCAACGCCAACGCCGGCCCUGUUGAUAUUUGCUCCGAGACAAGAUGACACACAGGCCAGCCGAUCGUGUGGCGCACGCGUCGCGGAGAAUAGCAGACGCGCAGAUAGACAGGCAGACAGACAGACAGGCAGACGGGCGUGCGCGCCGACAAGGAGCAAUGACCCGAGGGCGACGUUGGUGGCGGAAGAAUGGCUGACCGGCUGGCGCGAAGAGCGAGAAAAUGCGCCGGGUGGGUGCGCGCAAGCGGGCGAGAGGGCUGCAGCGAGCAGCGACUUGCAAGCAGGGCGGCAGGGCGGGCAGGGGAGGCCUGUCUGUUGGCGCAUGCGGGUGCGGGUUGUGCUGGCAAUGGCGCUGGCGGGGCGCGCGCGCUGAGUGAGCGAGUUGGUGAGUGGGGUCUAUCAUCUAUCUGAGGAACGUGGUAGUGGUAAUAGUAGUUGUUGUGAUUUUUGGUUUG